AAUUUUUCUUCCUAUAAAGCCAAGAGGGCUCCUUCCUUCUCCCAUUGCCAUUUUACACAAAAGUAACACAAAUUUCUCAAGCAAAGCAGCCAUGGGAGGAGGCAAGCAGGUCGAUAUCGGCGUAGACGACAUUAGCCUCAAGGACCUCUCGUCGAAGCUCGAGGAGUUUGCCAAGGCCAGAAAUUGGGAGAAAUAUCAUAGUCCUAGAAACCUUCUCCUUGCCAUGGUAGGAGAAGUAGGAGAGCUAUCAGAAAUAUUCCAAUGGAGAGGGGAAGUGGAGAAAGGGCUACCAGAUUGGGAGGAAUCAGAUAAAGAGCAUCUUGGGGAAGAACUUUCUGAUGUGUUGCUUUAUCUCAUCAGAUUGGCUGAUAUUUGUGGAAUCAAUCUUCCUGAUGCUGCAACUAAGAAGCUUCUUAAGAACUCCAUCAAAUACCCACCCCAACUCCUCUAGUCUUUUUUUUCCCCUAAAUUUUUCCACAUCUUUCUCUCCCUUUUUCAAUUUUGUAUUUUGGUGCUUCAAAAGAAAAAAUAUAUGGCACCACCAUCUCUCUAAGUUCUCAUCAUCUCUAUUUACCUCUCUAUACUCUUCUUUUAUCGAGAAAAUUUAAUAGCUUAAUCGACUCCGACCUAAUUUAACUAAUCAAAACAUGUACUAUUGAUUAACACGUUAAAAUAAUUUGAAUAUAUCUCUAUCCAA